AUGGCUCAGGAAUUCGUUACGGACAGCAUUAAAGGGGACAAAGUAGUCGUGUUUCUAAAACCGUCAUGCCCAUAUUGCGUAAUGGCAAAAGAUGUUUUGUCAAAGUAUGGACUCAAAUCUGGACACUUGGAAUUCAUAGACAUCACUGGACGAGAUGACAUGAAUGAAAUCCAGGAUUACCUAAAUAAAAUGACAGGUGAACGAACAGUGCCACGGGUGUUCGUCGGUAAGAAGUGUGUUGGUGGGGGCAGUGACGUUAAAGCGCUGGAUAAGAGUGGGAAACUGGAGGGCAUGCUUAAAUCAAUCGGAUCGCUGCAAUGAUCUUCAGACAGCUGUGAAUAUCUGCACCACCUGGAAAACCCCUUGCCUUUGUUCUGUCUGUUGAACUGAGACCAAACAUUGUGUGUCAUCUAUAGCUCUGAUGUUAGUCACCCGUCUAUCUUCAUGACUGUAGGCCUGUCUCAGUUCCUCCAGUAAUAUUCCUCCAGUGAUGUUUACAUCCAAACAUCUUUAAAUCACUUAACCACUAUCUUUUGUAUAAAAUAAAAUACACAAAUGCUAA